AUGUCACUCAACAUUUGGAUGCUUUGCUUUUUGUGUUUUGGCGAUCUAUCUGUGACUUUCUGCUUGUGCCCUUCUCAAUGCAUUUGCACAUUCCAGAAUUACAGUGGUGAACACAUGACAAGGACUGUGCUUUGUAAUGACCCUGAAAUGAUUCUGUUUCCAAACAAUAUUCCAGCUGAAACUGUAAAACUAGUGAUUGAGAAAACAUUAAUUCAACAAAUUCCCAUUCAAGCUUUCUCUUCUAUCUCCAGUCUGGAGUACAUUUGGCUGUCCAGUAACUCCAUUAGCAGCUUUGACAGAGAGAGUCUGCAGAGUGUAAUCGGUCUGAAGGAACUUCGUCUGGAUAGAAAUGCACUUGCAACUUUUCCAUGGGAAGCCCUUUCUUAUUUGCCACAACUCUGGCUCCUUGACCUACAUGACAAUGUUCUUCAAUCAUUCCCGAGCCAAGCAGCCACUUAUUUAAGAAAUAUCACCUACCUGGAUUUAUCAGGAAACCAGCUGACCACCUUGUCAAUCAAAGUGAUUUCCAUAUGGCUGACUGCUCCAAAGGUGUGCCGUGCAACUUCAUCAACCGACAAUUCAAAGCGCAUCAUAGGACUACAUGGCAACCCUUGGAAAUGUGACUGCAGAUUGUCAGAACUAGUUCAUUUGGUCAAGAGGAAUGGUUUAACUACAGCUUUGAUGGACCCUGGAUUAAAGUGCACAUGGCCAGAAAACCUCUCUGAAUCCCAACUCAGCAGCAUUGACCUAAAAAAGUGUCAGAGUCCAACAAUUCAUGCCGUGGAAAGUAAAGUGACCACAGUCAUGGGAAGAAUUGUCUCACUAUAUUGUGUCGCUACAGGGGUUCCCAUUCCAGACAUUAGUUGGCUUAGACUGGAUAAUAUCCUGUUGAAUGAUACAGUAAUACAGGACAAUUCUCAUGAGAGAUUGAAGUGGUCUGCACUCAGUCUAUCAACUGCAUCCCAUCAGGAUUCUGGAAUAUAUUUGUGCAGAGCCAGUAAUUUGGUGGGUACAUCAAAUGCUUCGAUUUCCCUUCUUGUGGUGAACUCUGCCAUUGAAUUAGCACCAAUCAAAACCACACCCAAAAGAAAAAUGAGGAAGCUCAUGGCCAAGUAUGUGACUGCACUGACCACCACAGUAUCACCAAGGGAGUCAUCAGGGAUCUCUCAUGCUAUAAAUGGGACAGAUUACUUCCUCAUGCCGAACCACCAGGUUAAACCAAAUGAAGAUGCAUCAGAAAUUGUUUCACAGGUUAUGGAUCCUCCACAAGUUAGUGGCUUAUUGGAAAAGCGAAGAAGUGCUGAUGACUUUUCUGACAAUAUUACAUCUAGUCCUUCUUCAACUCAGCCAGAAGCAGACUGUCUGGUCAGAACUGUUAGAGUUAUAGGGGGUACCUAUCAUAGUGUUUCCCUGGCUUGGAGAUCUCCAAAGGCUACAAAUAUCACAAUCUUUAGCAUUCUAUACACAACUUUCGGUGAAAGGGAAAUGCGAAGAAUAAAUGUGGGUCCUGGAAAGACCAAAAUCACCAUUGGUGGUUUAAUGCCACAGACCAAGUACAUUGUUUGCAUUUGUCUCAAAGGCCUCAUUCCCAAGAAGGAGCAGUGCGUGAUUUUCUCCACAGAUGAAGUAGCUAAUGCAAGUGGGACACAGAAACUGAUUAACCUGGUGGUGAUCACCGUGGCCUGUGUUAUUGUGGUCCCUCUCACUCUCAUUGUCUGCUGUGGAGCACUAAAGAGGCGCUGCAGAAAGUUUCUGAUUAAGCCACCAGAAGAGGGUUUCCAAAAUGACUCAUACGUCACGUUUGAGAGUCUGUCAACAGGGCCCAAACCCAGCGGUGCUGAAGGAGAGUAUCAGACUCGUCACAAUAAAGAUGAGUCUAAUCGACUUCUCUCACCAAGAUCCAGUUUAGAUUCUGAAGAAGCAACAAACAGUGAAGUACAACAGCAUGAAUAUUUCUGCUGA